CGCUCCUGCUCGGCGGCCGCCGCUGCUGUCACUGUUUACUUCGGGUAAUGGCGGCCGCUACGUGUGGCAGUACGCUUCGCUUCUGUAGCCUCAAGCACGGCGGGACGAAGGAGCAUCACCGCUACUAUCAUCAUAACCAGCACCAACAUGUCAGGAGACGCACCGACUCCCGGCGGAGACAGGCUGCCCUCAGCUUCCUCAACAACAUCUCACUGGACGGCCGCCGGCCCGCCGAGCUCGCCAAUGGCUUCGAGCAAGACCGGCCGGAGCAACGGCAGCAGCAGCAUGAGGCGGCGGUGGAAGUGGCGGCGGCGGCGGCAUCGGCCCCCACCAGCGCCAGGGCAGGCGGCGGCUGCAUCAGCUGCCUGUCGGCCACACCGAGCAUCUCGGUGAUCGCUCACACCUCCCGGCUGGGGCCUGUAGCAGCGGUGGCGGCGGCAGCAUCGGGAGGUGUGGUCGCCUCGCCGGGUGACCCGGGGCUGGGGCCGAGCGCGGGCGAGGCCGUUGCCCAGCAGCUUGCCUCGGGACCGGGGACGCCACUGCCCAGGAGCGGGCUGGGGACAACGCCGGCCGUCGGACCCCUCGGGUUGGAGAGGCAGAGAAGUAGGACUUCUUCAGGAUCUCCCCAUCAAAAAAACACAAAGAAAAUCCAUUUUAUAAAAAAUAUGCGUCAGUAUGACACAAGAAACAGCAGGAUAGUUCUCAUCUGUGCUAAAAGAUCACUGUGUUCAGCUUUUUCUAUACUGCCUUAUGGAGAAUUUAAUACUAAUAGCGACGGCAAACUGGAAGGACCAAGACAACGUAAUCCUUCUGGUGGCAUUUCAUGCCCAACAGACAUGCUGCAUGGUCUUGACGGAGUUGAACUUGCUGCAGAUGGAAAGUCAGUUUCUUAUGCUCAAUUUCUUUAUCCAACCAAUGCCUUUGUUUUGCCAAAAGCAUUAACUGAGAAUUCAACUUCACAAGCGCAAGCUCGAAAUAAUCGGAGUUUUACACCAGGAAGACAUGGGCCCGCUGCAAUAUCAAUGGACUUAGGGAGUGAACCUGGAGAUUUAAUAGAAUAUGAUCCUAAUCUGCUUGAUGAUCCCCAGUGGCCAUGUGGAAAACACAAACGGGUUCUAAUCUUUGCAUCUUAUAUGACAACAGUGAUUGAAUACGUAAAACCAUCUGACCUGAAAAAGGAUAUGAAUGAAACAUUCAAGGAAAAAUUUCCUCACAUUAAGCUGACACUUAGUAAGAUAAGAAGUCUGAAACGAGAAAUGCGGAACCUGGCAGAAGAAUGUAAUCUGGAACCUUGUACUGUGGCUUUGUCAUUUGUUUAUUUUGAGAAGCUUGUACUCCAAGGCAGAGUCAAUAAGCAGAACAGAAAGCUUUGCUCUGGUGCCUGCUUACUACUAGCAGCCAAAAUUAGCAGUGAUCUCAAGAAACAUGAAGUUAAACAUCUGAUCGAUAAACUGGAAGAGCGAUUAAGAUUGAACUCAAAGGAGCUGGUUUGUUUUGAGUUCACAACACUUGUGGCUUUAGAGUUUGGCCUUUACCUUCCUGAGAAAAAAGUGUUACCUCACUACAGGCGUCUUGUCCAGCAAUCCUAAUUACAUUCCUUCUGAAGAUGACACUGACUUGGAAGAAACAAGAAGUUCUUCCUUAAAAUGCUGCACUAGUUGAUGUCUUUAUUUUACUUUUCUUUAUUAGCUCAAGAAACACAGUAACAAAGAAACAACUAUAAUAGUUGGCCACAAUUACUGGUGAUUCAUCCGAUUUCUUGAAGUUGAUUUGUGCCAGUUUUUCUAUUUUUUCAUUAAAGCACCUUUAUUGAUAUUUGGGUGAAACUUGUGAAGGUAUAUGUGUGUAAUGACCAGUCAUGUGCGACAUGGCUAGGGAUUGUAAUAACUACCAAAAAAUUAAUAAUAGGCAACAGCACUUUUCUAUAUGGUGACUUGUCUUCACUGUGAUAGCCUGUUCCACGCUAUUUGUUCUUCCAAGCAUUAUGCUACUGUAGUGAUAAAAGCAACUCUGCUGUUAGUUGCACAGAAGCCACCACUCUAUGUUAGAGAUUUUAAAUGAAGCACAUUUAUAGUGCUCUGCAGAUAAUAUUUGAACUAUAUUUUUUGAAUAUUUCAUUUCAGCCGUCCAUUCUGCAGUCUUCAGUAAAAUUGGAUUAUUUUUCAUAAUCUUGUUUGUGAAAUGUAAACUAAAAUAACUUGUUCCUUUUUACAUCUCCAUUCAUGUAGUUGAAUGUUACCAAUAGGUGUAAUUAAUAGGGUCUUCUAGAUUGUAGUAGUUUGGAAAAUAAUAUUGAAGACCAGCUUUCAGUUUUCCACUUUUAAGAAUGGUAAUAUUGGCAAAUAUUUAAUAUUUAAAUGUUAACCUUGUCCUUAAAGUUUAUUUAGCUUCUACAUUUUGACAUAUUACCUUGUCUGUGAGAGUAUAAUAUUUUUGUAAUUAGAAAUGGCAAAUGCUGAAAAGACUGAGCAGGUCGGGCAGCAUUUGUGGAGUCGGGAAAGGAGAGUUAAUGUUUUAAAUUGAUGAAUCCGCAUCAGAAGUGUAUAAUGGAAAGUUAACUCUUCCUUCCUGUCUCUUAGAGUCUGUGUAUCUUGAUGACUGUUGCAGCACUUUGUUUAUUUUUUAUUUUAGAUUGCUAGCAUCUGCAAUAUUUUGCAUUUGGUCUACAUUUUGUUUAGUGGCUUCACAGUACAAGGCCAUUUCAGGUAUUGAUAUCAGAACCAAGAGUGAGCAAACUAUGAUCACAUGAUCAGUCAAAAACUGUGAAAAGAGCACAAUGCUCUGCUGCUUUUGUAUUGUUAUCUGUUCUAUUUUUCAACCAGCAUGGGAACAGAAGCAAGCCAUUUGAACACUUGAGUCUGUCUGCUCAGUAGGAUCAAGGUUGAUCUGUACAUUGUAUCCAUUCAUCCUCACAACUUCACAAAUAUCCAAGGUACACAAAAAAAGCUGGAGAAACUCAGCGGGUGCAGCAGCAUCUAUGGAGCGAAGGA